AUGUAUCUCACAGAAAUCCGCAAGCCUUUGUUGGCGGCUUCGCUCAGUGUGAUACUCAGUCUCGCCGCAGCCGCACCGGAGCUUGCUUUUCCGCUCAAUUCGCAAGUUCCGCCUGUUGCAUACGUGUCACAGCCGUACAACUUUGCAUUCUCCGCCGAUACUUUCACCUCAAACGCUCCCGAGAUCACUUACACAAUAGCACACGGUCCAAAGUGGCUUGAUCUAGACAGUGCCUCCCGCCAGUUCCGAGGGAUCCCAAAUCAGAGCGACAUAGGCACCACGAUCUUUCAAUUGGUCGCUUCAGACUUGACGGGACAGUCAUCGACGAACGUCACAUUUAUUGUGCUCGAAUCUUCGACUUUGACGCUCAAUGCACCUGUAUUGCCUCAACUAGAGCAGAGUGGCCUCGUUUCCCCGCCGAAUUCGUUACUGGCGCAUCCACAGCAGUCUUUUCAUCUAGUCUUCGAAAAGCAAAUCUUCGAUGGCGCUACGCUUGAGACAAGAUACUACGCAGUUUCGGCCGAUAAUACCCCUCUGCCUCCGUGGGUGCAGUUCGAUGAAUCUCGGCUUGAGAUCUCGGGCACAACUCCUGCCUUGGUGUCCCCCUUGGCCGAAUCCCAGACGUACUCCUUAAGACUUAUUGCUUCAAAUGUGCCUGGAUUUGCAGAAUCGGCGGUUGAUUUUCAGAUUGUUAUUAGCCGCAGGAUCCUGGCAUUUUCGCCCGCCUCUCAAGAUAUUCAGAUCUCCAGUGGUGAUCACUUCCAAACUUUGCCACUCCGGCCCCUGAUCACUCUGGACGGGGGCCCUGUUACGGACGAUCAGAUUGUCAGUAUAGAUGCGACUGUUCCAGCAUGGGUCAAGCUAGACAGAAAACAACUGUCUUUGAGUGGUACCGCUGUUGAUACUGCCAACACUACUAUCACUAUUACUGUCAUGGAUAUUUAUCAUGAUAUUGCCAAUGCUACCAUCUUUCUCGAAAAUACUGGGGCUUCGAAUGUUUCUCUUGGGAUCAUAGGCGUUGUCAACGUUACAGCGGGGGAAUGCUUCUCGUACAAUUCGAUCAACCCUACCUCCUCGCCUUGGGUCCGAGCUGUGGCGGCCCUGGGCAGUGCCGCAGCCUGGCUUGGUUUUAACAAUCAGACCUGGGUUCUGUCAGGUUCAGUGCCCCCAGAUCUAUCUCCUCAGACACUCAAUAUAUCUAUCACAUUUGCCAAUUCAUCGACUGUUGCGACAGGAGAGGUGAUUUUACAAGUGCUUCGGAAACCCAUUGCUACCGCAAUGACACCAACGCAUACCACGGAGCUACCAACAAGUUCCAAGGCUAGUGGCACGAGCAAAGCAUCUGAGCGAGCAAUGAGUUCUCCCAAUGGUAACACAUCGAACAGCCAUGUACUGCAUAUUGUAUUGGCCUGUGUAUUUUCUGUUGUUGGAGCAUUGCUUGCGGUUUGCCUGACUCUGUGUUGUCUGAGGAGGAGAAGGAAGGGCAAAGAAACCAAUAAUGCCUCAUUCGAAGAAGGUUCCGCACUUGCUGAUGGGCGUGCGUACGAGCCGCCUAAUCAAUCUGCACAAGCUGCGGAAACGGCUGGCCGUCCACCCUAUGCUCAAGAUAUCGUCCCUUCUGACUCGUUGAGAAUGACGCCUGCAUGGUCUCACGAUUCUUUGAAGAGCUCUAGGAAGAGAUUGUCGGGCACAGGACGUCCACAUCCCCUUUCGCAGCAUCGCACUUCACAGAUUCUCACUCCUGGCAGCCUUUUCGCUGCCCAACUGGAAGCUGCUCAAGGAUUUGACAGAGCGAGAGACACGGCAUAUGAGCCUUUGCCUUUGCCUGCCAACCCGAGGCUGUCGCUCCCGGGACUUCCAGCAUUCCCGAGUAGAUUAUCAGAAGCAGGCUUGCAGAGUCAACUGGAGGAUUCAACUACCAAUACCCAUGCAAGUCCGGUGUCACACGUGGUCGGCUUGCCGGACAGGAGGAGCGGCGCUGGACAUGGAGCCGGCAUCCUUAUUACUCCUGAUUCUGGUCUGGACCAGUCGUCCUGGCGGAAUACCUGGGCAUCCAAUCCAUCGAGUGAUCGCAGGAGGACCACCCUGGUAUUAGAUUCAUUCCCUGCGCCCCCUGUGACUGGAGCGACCACCGCUAGAGCUGGGUCUCAGACUAAGAAAUCAGGUCCAUGUCUACGAGUUGUCCCGGAAGAUAGCAGUCAGCCUCUAUCCUUUGAGGAGCAGCGUCAGAAAUGGCAUACGGAACGUGCACGAGCCCGGUUAGAAGGCUCUGCAAGGUUUUCAAAUGCAGGCUCGGCACGGAUGAUGGCCUCACCGCAAACCAAAUGGCCUAGAAACACGGCAGCGCUCGCGGACCGAGGCCCACCAACAUCACCACCGACGGCUGGAGCUUCUCGCGAGCAUCCAUGGUCAAGGUGGUCUGGCCUUGAGCUCGGGGCUCGGGAGCCUGCACGAAUGGGUAGUCUUGUGCCUUCUUACCCAGGAAAUACACCCAUGUUGCGGACGCAGGUCAGUAUCGCCGGCAGUGGGCAGUUCGACUCAGUCACUUCCUCAGACAGCUACCUGGAGGACGAAAAUUCUGCCAUUGAAGAAACAAGAGCAGAAGGGAAACAGUGGCCGGCUAGCAACAGCUCGCAAUCUUUACCACGUUUACCGUUUAACCCCGUUCCGCCUUCGCGAGACAAUAUGAGGAACGGUGAGUUCAGCACGGAUGCGAAGCAGCAAGCGUGGUCAGUGAAUGGGCGGCGACGUAUUAGUGUUGAAGAGGGUGGACUGAAGCGAUCCCAAGCCAGCCGAAGGGGAAGUUUCCGCUUCAUAUAA